GGGAGGGGACGGCGGGGGCACCAUGGAGUACCUGAGGGUGCUGGGCCGGGGCUUCGCCCAGGUGAGGGGGCACGGAGGCGUCUUCGGCUACCUGCGCCAGCUCUUCAGGGUAAAUGAUGUGAAGGUUGGCACAUUAGUGGGAGAAGACAAAUAUGGAAACAAAUAUUAUGAAGACAACAAACAGUUUUUUGGUCGACAUCGAUGGGUUAUCUAUACUACUGAAAUGAAUGGCAAAAAUACACUGUGGGAUGUGGAUGGAAGCAUGGUGCCCCCUGAAUGGCACCGUUGGCUCCACUGCAUGACUGAUGACCCUCCCACAACUGUCCCACCCACCGCUCGUAAAUUCAUCUGGAAGAACCACAAAUUCAACCUGAGUGGCACCCCCGAACAGUAUGUUCCGUUUUCUACGACCCGGAAGAAGAUUCAGGAAUGGGUCCCACCUUUGACACCUUACAAAUAGACCCAACUGAGAGGAGAAGCUCCAACUUUGUUGUCAGAUGUGGGGCAUCUGUGUAAAUUGUACAUUUGAUAGUUAAAUCCUUUAAUAAAGUUGUAUUGUGUCUUCACGAC